AAGAAGAGUUCAUCUAACGACUUGUUGACUUUUGGUAUUGCGUUGCUUCCACUUAUUAAUCCUUGGAAUAUUGAGCUUAGUCACCGUCUUAUUGGCAAUAUUGCUGAACAGACUGGUUAUUUUUUGAAUUUAUUUUGUAAUUUAAUUUUUAGGUUGUCGCAUCUUCUAUCCUCCCAAGGAAAAGUAUGCUAUUCAGCCACCUACUUAUUUUAUUAAGGGGACGUCAAUGAGUGGAAUUCUUCAGGCUGGCAAAUAUCUUACGGUAAUUUUGAAAUUAUUUAAGGGCUAUAUUUUUUGUUGUCCUCUAGAACCCAAAAAGGUUGGCCCACCUUAUUAAAAUUUUAUCCAGACAAUCCAAUUCCCAAGGGGGUCGUUUUCAGGCGAAGGGGGCUUUAGCCCCAAAAGUCCACUGGUACGCCCUUGCUAAUUCCUAUUCAUUUUAGGGACUUUCUAUGCUUCAAAUUACUUUUUACAUGCCUCCAGGAGUUGUUCCAACAAUUAAGCAACAACAACUGGAUGAUUGGCAAAGGGAUCUGCUUGUUCACACAACAAUAUAUAAUCCUGAAUCUUCUUCUCCAGCGCAAUACAAAGUCACUCUUCGUUCUUUUGAAUUUUGUCUUAAUGGUCUUUAUAUGGUUCGCUCUACUCUUUUGGGUUUUAAGAGAUCUGUGCAAACAGUCAACUAUGACUUUAUGAAGUUUACCAAAUUUUUAAUUCCGUAUACUGUCUUCUCCGAUUCAAAACUUUUCUAUCCGCUCUACUCAGUCGACGACAAAACUUUGAAUUGGCCAAGUAAGGAUUUCUUCAGCAACUUCUAUGGCGGUCCAUAUUAUACUCCACCAGCGGUCGGAGAGAAUCAUGAAGAUGACAAAACUGGCGUUCAAGUUGUUCCUGACACUUCCAAUGUUGCUCCACCUGUCAAGUCUGAGCCUGCACAAUUUGUGUUUCUGCAUGCUUUGGAUCACAGUUUUAACAGCGAGAGUGCUCAUACUUGCUCUCUUAUAGCCUCACCGAUACACUAA